UAAUGGACGCCACCGCAGAGAACUUGGACGACUUUAACAAUCGAGCGCAUGAUCAAAUCGAAGCAGUACAUUCCGUAGUUGCCGGUUGCCGUCUUGCUAUCCUAUUUAUUUGAUUCACGGAACAGCCCCCACAAAAAUAUAGCAAAUAUGUUCGCCUGUGCAAGACUUAUCGCACCUGCUGCACGAACUGCCCUUAUUUCAAACUCAAAGGCAUACCUUAGGCCUCUUAGUUCAAUUAGUCAAAGCAGUCAAUUGCUAGUCCAGAGUCCUGCAGUCCAGCAACAGAGUCAGAAGCCAGCAUUACUGCCUGCUAUUCGCAGUUUUCAGACUUCAGCAGUCUCAAGGGACAUUGACUCAGCAGCCAAAUUCAUUGGUGCCGGAGCUGCCACAGUAGGAGUAGCUGGUUCAGGUGCUGGUAUUGGUACGGUGUUCGGUUCUUUAAUCAUCGGUUACGCCAGGAAUCCAUCUCUUAAACAGCAGUUGUUCUCAUAUGCUAUCUUAGGGUUCGCCUUGUCUGAAGCCAUGGGUCUGUUCUGUUUGAUGAUGGCGUUCCUUUUGCUGUUCGCCUUCUAAGUACUGCCAUGCAACACGGUCGCAUCAUAACCACCAUAAAAUUUCCUUAAUUAAUUUACGUCGUCUUUAAAACAAACAACAAGCAAAACAAAAAAUGUAUGAGAAAAAGGAACCUGUAGGAAAUUCAUUUUUUCCAUGUUAUUAUUUUGUUUUUAUUUUCUUUUUUGUUUUUUUCAAAACCUACUAAACUAUACACAAAUAUUAAUUAGAUGUCGCUGUUUUUUCUAUAUUGCUAUUUGCUAUUAUUAAAUAUUACUAUUGUAAUUAAAUUUUUAAAAGACGUACGAGUCGGUAUGAGUGGUUAACGUUUAGGCUUACACGGACACUUCUGUUUCGACAAGUAUGUUAUUAUAGCGAGCGUCAUUUAAUUUAUAACAUGGAAAAAUAAUGUCUGCUGUAUUGUACAGAGCAGUUAGAAAUUAAAUAAUAAACAGCCUUAGUUGAUUUUUUUAUUCAAUUAAGGCUAAUUUUA